GUCAACGUCGCGAGCCGGAAACACGCAUCAACGAAGCCGCAGCCCGACCGAGUCAUCGCGAAUUGCGUCCAAGAGAAUUCUCUGCACGUUUUACAGAGUUUAUCACCUCGACCGGCACGUGCAUCACGACGCGACGCGCCUGUUCAGCCUGCGCGACCGAUUCGGCCGGCACAGACUCUCCACCCGGCACUAAACAGUCUUGAACUACCUUGCCUUGCCGUGACGGCCUCGCCAGCACCACCCGACGGUGACCUCGCAGCGCAGACGGUCCCGAAUGCGCCACUCAUGACGACCCUGGUGACGACUCGGCGGCCGCUUCAACUUAUUAGCAUGAGCAAUCAGCCCCAACGACGGACGAGCAAGCGCCUCGCUGCAGUGGCCGAUUACGAACGCGACGAUGACUUUCAGUUUGUCCGCAAGUCCAAGAGGGUCAAGACGGAGAAGGCAGAGGAGCCCGAGCCGGUCAAGAAGGCGGGGAGGGGCCGCACCACAGCAAAACAACGCGCCGCCACCAAGGCCUCGACCACCAACGGGACGAUUGUCGAGGAGGAGACGAGUGUGAAGGAGACGGCACCCAAGGAGAAGGUAUUGAAGGAAACCACCACGGCAGUCAAGCCUGCGACCCGGAAAUCUACGAGACGAAAACUGAGUGUGGACGCGUCUGUCGAAGAGCCGCCGCUCAAGGUUCCUAAGAGGCAGACCAGGAGGAGCGCGCGGGUAUCGGGGGAGAAGCUUGAGGAAGAGCCUCCGCAGGCCAAAGAACCUCAUCCUCAGACCAAUGGCGCAUCUCAGAAGCGCGCUCGCCGGCCGAAAUCGCCUCGCCGCCCGCCUCCGGACUGGGACAAGUCCCCCGAGCCUCGCCAUGCAGCGCCUGUUGAGUCAGCCAAAAUCGCCCUCCCGAUGAGCGACACGCCCGUCAUCAACAGGAAUAAGGAGAUGCGAAAGAAGGGGGGCAACUCCAACAGGCGGAGCAGUCUGGGUAUGCGAGGGCGGAGGGCCAGCUCACUGAUCGAGAGCGGUCAGACGGCGAUUCCGCACCGGGAAGUCAACACGGCGGAUUUCUACAAGCAUAUCGAGGCAGAAGGCUUGACAGAACCUCGGCGGAUGAAGCAGCUGUUGACUUGGUGUGGUGAACGCUCUCUGGCACCGAAACCUCCUCACGGAACGCCAAACUCGAAUGCUAUUCUAGGCGCCCGUGCAAUUCAGGACCAGCUCCUCAAAGAUUUCACAUCUCGAUCAGAGUUCUCGGACUGGUUCAGCAGAGAUGAAGACGUGCCAAAGGCUCCUGUGGUCCUGAAACCCAAUCCCAAAAACAUUGAGCUGGACGAGAAAUUGGCUCAGCUAGAGAUCAACAUUAAGAGAUUACAAGAAGAAAAGAAGGCCUGGCAAGCAAUAAGAAAACCACCGCCUGAACACCCACCUCUCUUCUCUGAAGAAGAAACCGGCCCAAUCGUCCUCCCAGACUUUGACCUUCUAGAUCCAGAAGAAGGCAAGAUCAGGGGCCUAUUAGCAGACGAAACAGCAUCAUUCAACGUUAUCCGAUCACAGACCGAGUCACGGUUACGAACUAUUCAGUCGUCACUUGAAUUCCAGGUCGACCAGCUCGCCGACAACGUCCAUAAGCUCGAGCAGCGGGUCCUGGUCGCAGGAAGGGAGGCGGACAAGGUCCUCAGCAUCAGCGCACUGCGUCUACGCCAACGGGAAGAGAGGGAAAAGGCCAGCGCAGGAACUAGGGAUAUGCCCAUGAUGGAGGUUCUGAGAAGCCUAGGCAACAUCCUACCUGAAGGGGGCGGAUGA